CGUCACGUCAUGUCGUUGAUUGUGACGUCGCUACAAUCGCUUAGUUACAAACUUAGUGUAACGAACUAAACAUGUUCAUGUAAUAUUAAUCUUUGUAAAGUUUGUUAACUAUCAUAAACAACAUUUUUCACGCAACGUAGUAAACGCGCUCGUGAAAUAACGACGGUGUUGUAUAGAAGGAUUUGAUUGAAAGGUUAUUGAUUAGAAGUGGAAAAAUGACGAACGUGUUCACCAGGAAGUUCCAUCACCCGAGGACAACAACUCUUCUGGACUUUCGAGACUUCCGGGACUGGCGCGACAGGCCUCAACAUCGAAUGCUCUCACCGACUCGCCGCGGUAAUCCACAUCCGCUUGGACUGACUCGCCAGCACAUACCCAGUACAUCGACUUACCUCAUUUGGCACCCACGCCCUAACAGACAGUUGCAUAAAGACCCGGAGAUUGUGCAACAUCUUCGUCAGGUAAACUUCACGUGUGGGCCAAUGAACUAUGUUGAUUUGGAUAAGAGAAACGGCUUCCUUCCAAACAUCCGGCACACAGAGAACACGGUUGCGCGCGCAAGCUACAUACAUCCGGCACGCUACGGAGAACUGGCUCCUGACUAUUCAAAGCCAAGAGUUAAACGUCGACCUGAGAAAGAAGUGCGAAGAAUUGUUCCGAUGUAGUAUCAGACUAUCGAGAAGAAGAAGUAAGAUUGGAUACUUUCCACGAGGAAAGAUUUGACAUUUAUAUUAACAUUUUAUAAUUUUCAUCAAGAACAGACAUAAAGUAAUACAAAAACC